AUGACAACAAGGGUUCAUCGAGGGUCAUUGGGUGAAGCUACGACGACGGUUGAAGGUGAAGCUACGACGACGGUUGAAGGUGAAGCUACGACGACGACUGAAGGCGAUCUCUCUGCUCUCUCUCUUUCCGGCGACUUCGCUCUUUCAGCCUCCAUCUCUCCUACAAUCACUCUGUCUUUCAGGCUCUCUCUCUCUCUCUCCGGCGAUCUCUCUCUCAAGCUCCAUCUCUCCGGCGACUUUGCUCUCUCAGGCUCCAUCUCCCCGGUGACCUCUCUCCCAGGCUCUCUCUCCGGCACCUCUCUCUCAAUUUUGAUCGUAAGAGUGAAACCCUUUGAUGAAGUUUUGAUCUGUGUUUUGAUCGUAAGAGUGAAACCAUUUGAUGAAGUUUAUGAGAAGAUAAGAGAAGCCUUCACCUACGCUAAUCCUUCUAUAGAGUUUUGGUGUCGUAAUACAGCAGCGUCAAUUGUGUACAAGAUUUAUGAGAAGGAGAAGAUGAAGCUUAAGGCAGUCUUGGCUAACAUCCCCGGUAGAGUUUGCUUUACCACAGAUUUGUGGAGAGCCAUUACUGUAGAAGGCUACAUGUGCUUGACUGCCCACUACGUAGAUGAAGAGUAUAAUUUGGAGAUGAAGAUCUUAUCCUUUUGUGCUUUUCCGCCUCCCCACUCUGGUAUUGUGAUAGCCAUUAAGCUGAUCGAGCUGCUAAAAGAAUGGGGGAUUAGUGGAGCUUUAGAUAAGAUCAGGGAGAGCGUUAAGUAUGUGAAAGGAUCUCAGUCUAGGGAAAUUAUGUUUCAGAACUGUAUCGAAACAGUUGGAAUACGAGCUGAAGUGGCCCAAGCGGGUCUGAUUUUAGAUGACGCCUUAAGAAACCUUAAAGAAGUUGGUAGAAGCUAUAAGAGCUUUCCGUCUGAGCUAGAGUGGGACAGAUCAGAACGGAUCUGCAAGCUAUUGGAACCAUUUGUUGAAGUCACAAAGCUCAUCUCUGGUUCAUCUUACCCGACAACAAACUUAUACUUUAUGCAAGUAUGGUCGAUUAAGUGUUGGUUGAGAGGUCAUGAAGAUUCAGAGGAUCGAGUUAUUUGUGAAAUGGUGGAGGCUAUGAAAGAGAAGUUCAAUAAAUACUGGAAAGAGUUCAGUGACAUAUUAGCAAUUGCGGCAGUUCUUGAUCCUCGACUAAAGUUUGCUUUUCUAGAGUAUUGUUACAAUAUUCUAGAUCCUGACACUGCCAAAUUGAAUUUGGAUUAUAAACGUGGCAAGAUGGUCAAGCUUUUUGGAGCAUAUAAGAAGGAGACAAGCACCACUAGAGCAUCUACUUCACAUGCUCCUCGACACAGCAUACCUUCAGGAUAUGAUGAAUUUUAUGCUUACUUCUCUCAAAAGACCGCCAGUGGUAAUGGGAAAUCACCAUUAGACACAUACUUGGAUAAGCCAGUGGUUGAUAUGGAAAUCUUUAGAAGUUUGGAUGUUGUGUCAUACUGGAAAGACAAUGUAAGCCGCUUUAAAGAUUUGUCUUCAAUGGCUUGCGAUGUCCUCAGUAUCCCUUUCACGACAGUGGAGUCGGAAUCAUCAUUCAUUGGUAGCCGAGUUCUCAACAAGUAUAGAAGCUAUCUCCUACUCACAAAUGUUCAAGCUUUGAUUUACGCAAGGAACUGGUUCCGUGGCUUUCAAGAAAUAGGUGAUGAUAUGAUAUGUAAAAUAUGA